GGCUUCUCCAUUGACAUAUAGAGUGUAGCGAGGUGUUUGGGAAGUAUUGGGGGUUAUAGGUUUUGUUGUGGGGAAAUCGGAAGUUUAUCGUAAACUGGCUCAGUAAGAUUGAGCCAUGGAGGCGGAUAAUUACAGCCCGGAACAUUCAGAUGAUGGUGGUGCAACCCCAGUGCAAGAUGAACGGGACUCUGCCUCCGAUGAUGAGGGAAAUGAGCAAAGAUCUGAACCAGGAAGCCCCGAGCACCAGUCAGAGGAUGAGCACAGUGAUGUUGAAGAUCAUAAACACAGCAGUGACAGUGGCUCUGACAAUGAGAAAGGGACAGAACAUGAUUCAGAAGACGAGCACAGACCUCGCAAUUCCAGUGACUUGGAAAAUCAUGAUGCAAGUGAUUCAGAGAAUGAAGAAAGUCACAAUCGCAUUGCUAGCGAUUCUGAAGAUGAUGGACGCAGACAGAAGAACAGUGAUUCUGAUCGUUCUCCUGUAAAAGGUGCUGCCAGUGACUCGGAUGAAGAACCUGUAAGACACUGUGCAAGUGAUUCUGAAGAUGAUGUGCCACGUAAACAACAAGCUAACGAUUCAGAGGAUGAACGGCACAUUAAAAAAACAGCUAGUGACUCUGAGGAUGAAGCUCCAGCUAAACAUAGAGUAAGUGACACUGAGGAUAAAGCUCCGCCUAAACAAGUAGCCAGUGACUCGGAGGAUGAAGCUUCACCUAAACAGGUAGCCAGUGACUCCAAAGAUGAAGCUCCACCUAAACAUGCAGCCAGUGACUCAGAGGAUGAGGCUCCACCUAAACUUGCAGGCAGUGACUCAGAGGAUGAGGCCCCUGCUAAGCGUAAGGUUAGUAGCUCAGAAGAUGAAACUCCAUCUAAACAUGCAGUCAGUGCCUCAAAGGUGAAGAAAUCUGUUGGUUCAGAAGGUAAAACUCGUGGUAAGAGAGCCAUUAUUGAUUCUGAUGAUGAUGAUGAUGUUCCAGUUAAGCGUGCAGCUAGUGACUCAGAAGAAGAGACUCAUCCUAAAGGGAAAGCAAGUGAUUCGGAAGAUGAAGCUCCUUCAAAGCAGCCCAGUGAUUCUGAAGAGGAGACACCAGCCAAGGUUGCAGCCAACGACUCAGAGGAUGAAUUUCCACGAAUGAAGAGAAAAAUUGUGUCGUCUGAUGACAGUGAUGAUGAGGAUGACCGAAAACCUCUCCAAAAAAAGAAAAAGUCACCACGGCGAAGCUCAGAAAGUGACAGCAGUGACAAAGUGGAUGGCAAAAAACUUCAGGCGUCCGAGAGCGAUGAGGAGGGAGAGAAAGCUUCAAAGAAGAAGAAAUCAAACAUCGUUUCGGAUAGUGAAGAUGAAGAUGCAGCUGAUAAAUCUGGCAAUAAAAAAAGCCGAAUCCUGUCCGAUGGAGAGGACUCUGACAGUGAUGCAGCUUCUGAAAAACCAAAGCAAAAGAAGAAAAAGUCUGCCUCAUCCGACAGUGAGGAGGAGGAUGAACGGAAAUCUAAAACAGAGACAAAAAGUGCAGAUAAAUUGUUUGGGAGUGAAAGUGAUUCUGAAAAUGAGGAGGAGAAUCUAAUUGCAGAUAUUUUUGGUGAGUCUGGGGAUGAAGAAGAAGAAGAAUUUACGGGCUUCAACCAAGAAGAUCUGGAAGGGGAGAAGACAGUUACUUCAGUUAACAGGCAGCAAGCUGCCGCUGCAGAUUCAGACUCUGAUGAUGACAUGAAAUCUGGAAAAAUGGGUGAUUAUAAAUCCGAUUUUGACUUAAUGUUAGAAAGGAAGAAGAGCAUGAGUGGCAAGCAGAGGAGAAAUCGUGAUGGUGGCACAUUUAUCAGUGAUGCGGACGAUGUAGUUAAUGCUAUGAUAAUGAAGAUGACUGAAGCAGCUGAGGAGGACAGAAACCUUAACUCCAGCAAGAAACCUGCACUAAAGAAACUCACUUUGCUUCCUACAGUUGUGAUGCACCUCAAAAAGCAAGAUCUGAAGGAGACAUUUAUUGACAGUGGUGUCAUGUCUGCCAUUAAAGAAUGGCUCACUCCCCUCCCUGAUCGUAGUUUGCCGGCAUUAAAGAUUAGAGAGGAGCUGCUUAAAAUACUUCAAGAGCUUCCCAGUGUGAGCCAGGAAACUUUAAAGCACAGUGGCAUUGGCAGAGCUAUCAUGUAUCUCUACAAACACCCAAAAGAAUCAAGACCAAAUAAAGAUAUUGCUGGAAAGCUGAUAAAUGAAUGGUCCCGGCCCAUAUUUGGGCUCACAUCUAACUAUAAGGGAAUGACUAGAGAAGAGAGAGAGCAGAGAGAUAUUGAGCAAAUGCCACAGCGCCGAAGAAUGAGCAGUUCAGGGGGGCAGACACCACGCCGGGACCUCGAUAAAGUUUUGACAGGAGAAGAGAAAGCUCUGCGACCAGGUGAGCCAGGAUUCUGUGCUCGUGCCAGAGUUCCUCUACCCUCAAACAAAGAUUAUGUAGUCCGUCCGAAGUGGAACGUAGAAAUGGAAACCUCUCAGUACCAGGGAAGUGCUAAAAAAGGAGUGAGCCGAAUUAACAAACAGAUGAGAAAGUUUGUAGACAUCAAGAAGAAGAACCGAUUUGGUCACGCUGUGAAAAUCAGCAUUGAAGGAAAUAAAAUGCCCUUGUGACACUGCUGGUUGACCACAGAAAUGCCUCACAAGUGUGUCUUAGCUUUGGGGCAUAAUCCUGCUAAGAUCAUUAAAUUGGACUCUUUGGAGACAUUUCCCAAUAUUUUUAAACUUCUUUUCCCAUCCCCUCCAUGUAAAUUUGUGCAAAGCCUUCCAGAGGAGCCAGCCUUUGCUGCUUCCCAUUGGUUCCUUUCAGAAGACAAACUGUGCUCCUUAUUUCCAGGUUGUAUUUAAUGCUGUUUGUACAGAUCAGUUUUCUUCGUACCUCGGUGUCUGGAAAUCAGACAAUAAAAUUCUAUCUUGUUUUCUAA